UGUCAGGGGUGGUGUGAGGGCGGGAGUCGGGGCCGGCGGGCGGAGGAUGAAUGCGACGGAGCAGUUUCUGGUUAAUUUGGCGAGCAGUUUGUAUGCGUAUGGGACGCCGACGCAUAGUUUGUGGUAUCAUAUGAAGCAGGUAGCGAAGGGCCUGGGUCGGGCAGAUACCGAUUUCACAGUGUUCCCAACGUACAUGAUGAUCGGGUUCCGGCAUGACGAUGAACCAGCUGCCUACCCCCUCUUCUUCCUCACCAACGCCGGCUUCGACGUCUACAAGCUGGCACUCGUCGAAGAGCUCGCGCGCCGCGUCGCAUCUUACGCAACCGCACAAACCUACAUCGGCGCGCCGCGCGCCCAACGCCGGCUCUCCCAGGUCGACGUAAGCCGGUUCCAUCCGCCGCCGCAGCAGGCGCGCAACAACCGCAAUCCUCGGCCCGGGUUGUUGAGGGCUAUGACGAUGGGGUCGGUGAGCUCGCUGAACCGGUCGUCGAGCUUGCCGUCGAUCGCUCCUGAGACUGGUGGCGGCGGGCUGGAUCGACGGCCGAGUAGGCUGAACAGGUUCCGCAAUAUCGUGUCGGAGGUCAUAAAGGGGAAGGGACGCGCGAUGGAGACACCGGCGUCGGUGCUGCCUGGAGGCGGGAAUGCGGAUUUGGAGAGUGCGAUGUUGCACUCGCCGACGGAUAUGUCGGAUCAUGAGGAGGAUGAGCAGCUGGAUUUGAAGCGGUGGAUCUUGGAACUCGCUGCGCAUGGCCAUGACAUAUUCGCCGGACGCGGAAACAAGCCUAAGAAACACAAAAAGCAUCGAUCCCGCGUAGGCAAAAAGUCCGGUUCAUCCAGCGAUUCCUCCGACUCGAGCAGCAGCAGCAGCAGUAGCAGCGACGAUGACGAAGGGGCUUCAAACCCGUCCCGGCCACUUCUUUCCCGUCGCCGACCAAAGAGGCAGGAUGAUGCACACAACGCCGAACCGUCCACUGCAACUGCAACAAGCGGGAAUGACAAGCCGGCAAACAACACAUCCACACCAUCGCAAGACGGUCGUCAUAAACCGUCAAAGGAGGAUCUGACCUCUGCGUUUGAGAUUAUUGCGGUGGAGGAUGCCAACGCGCGAUUGAAGCAGAUCGUACAGUUGCCGGACUACUACCCCGAGUGGGUACAAUACCUGUUAUCUGGCCUAGCCGCAGCCGGCGCCGCGGGCCUGUUCUUUGACGGGCAGUGGCUGGACGUGUUGGUGUCGGGGAUUUUGGGGACGGUGGUGGCGUGGCUGGGCGGGCUCUGUGAGAGUCAGCGGACCAUGGGGAAGGUUUAUGAGUUUUUGGGAGCAGCUCUGGUAGCGUUCACCGUCCGGACGCUGAUAGGACUUGGGGUCCCGCUGUGUUAUUCGGCCUCCAUUCUGUCGUCAAGCAUGUUCCUCCUCCAAGGCGUCACGAUAACCCUAGCCCUAGUCGAACUCGGCACCCGCCACAUGAUCUCCGGCACCUCCCGCCUCGCCUACGGCAUCGUCAUGACCGGCCUCAUCGGCUACGGCCUCGACCUCGGCACAACCCUGUCCGCCGGCAUGUUCCACGAGCCCAAACUCCCCGACGAUAUGCCCGCAACCUGCCCCGGCCUCUCCUCCACCGCCAAACUCCUCCUGUUCCUGCCCACAUCCCUAACCCUCAGCAUGGGCCUUGGCGCACAUCCCGUGCAAUUACCGAUGCUGUCGGUGAUCUCCGCGAUCGGGUACGCGGUGUAUAAUCUGGCUGCGACAAGGUUUUCGGAUAAUCUGGCGAGCGCGAUCGGGAGUUUCGCGAUCGGCGUUAGCAGUAACCUGCAUGCGAGGUGGAGUAAGAGUCCCGCGAUUGUGAAUGAUUUGGGCGGGUUGAAUAUGUUGUUUCCUGGUGCGCUCGCUGUUCGAGGCAUAAUGAAGAUAAUCGGCGGCGACGGCAACGACGAUAUCGCCAACGGGCUCGCGCUGUCGCUCAAUGUGCUCGUCGUCGGCCUCUCGCUCGGCGUGGGCAUGUUCAUGGCCUCUAUCGUCGCCCCGUUGCCGUCGAUGCGUAUGCCUGGGUCGCGGAGGGGGAAGGGUAAGGGGCCGUUGAUUGAUAAUUUGCAUUUUUGAUUUGGUUUGGGUGGGACGGGGGUUAUAUGUAUAUUAUUGUAGGGAUUUGGGGGAUGGUUUGUACUGUAUGUAGAUGGGGGUUUUGCUGUGACCUUGUGUGUUUGUGGAUGUGUGUGGAUAUUUUGGUUGGGACUGUGUAUGUAUUCAAGCGUUAUUCUGGUCAAUGGAUGUGCAAGGAAUGGGAAAGACAGGGCUGAGCAACUCAUCA